AUGCGCGCCCCGCCGCUGUUGCUGCUGCUGGCCGCCUGCGCGCCGCCGCCCUGUGCCACGGCCGCCCCGACGCCGCCGGGCUGGGAGCCGGCGGCCGACGCGCCCUGGUGUCCCUACAAGGUGCUGCCCGAGGGCCCCGAGGCGGGAGGCGGGCGCCUGUGCUUCCGCAGCCCCGCGCGCGGCUUCCGCUGCCAGGCGCCCGGCUGCGCGGCGCACGCCUCGGCCGGCCGCUCACUGCGCGCCAGCGUCCUGCGCAACCGCAGCGUGUUGCUGCAGUGGCGCCUGGGGCCGGCCGAGGCGCGCCGCGUGCGCGCCUUCGCGCUCAACUGCUCGUGGCGUGGCGCCUACACGCGCUUCCCAUGCGAGCGCGUGCUGCUCGGCGCCUCCUGCCGCGACUACCUGCUGCCAGACGUGCACGACGGCGUGCGCUACCGCCUUUGCCUGCAGCCGCUGCCGCUGCGAGCCGAGCCGGCUGGCUCCCCGGAGCCCGCCGCACCCGCCGAGUGUGUGGAGUUCGCCGCCGAGCCUGCUGGCAUGCGGGAGAUCGUGGUGGCCAUGACGGCGGUGGGUGGUUCUAUCUGCGUUAUGCUCGUGGUCAUCUGCCUGCUCGUGGCCUACAUCACCGAGAACCUCAUGCACCCAGCCUUCGGGCGCCCGGGCCUACGCAGGCAGCCUUGA